GUGACAAAAUGUGAACUCUUGCAGACGGAAAGCGACAUUUAGCGGAAUAAAAACACGACUUUGGUCGCGUAACAAAGCGCGCAAACGAGUCCACUCCGUGUCUUCUGGGGCGCAUGUUUGCAGCCCGCAGCUUUGCGCGGAUAAACAGCAGCUGUGCGCAGCGGAGCGACGGAAAGGAAACCGAGGACAAAAACAUCCCCAGCGCCAUUAAAAGGGAAACAAUCUCCCAUCCGUUCAUCCAGGAGGGAAUCUAGAAGAUUACAACGAUCUAAACCCCCCGACCGGAGCUCCACCGCCGCCGCGAAGCCGCGCAAUCACCCGGAGACGGUUUCUUUUUUUCUGGUUUCCGCACAGACGCAGACGGCUCCGUCCUGCUCGGCAGCGGCCUCCAUUUUAGCUCCUUGCCCGGUCGUUGCCUCACGUGUCCUGGACUGUCUUCCUCACAUGACCCGUGUGUUUGUCCCCGUGAUCAGCGCUUCCAUCUCCGUAAAUCAGUGUCGUUGAAUAUCGGCGUUUUACACCCGCAAAAGCUUCAUGGAUAUGCUGGAGCAGAGUCUGGACAGCUCGGCGAGUCACGACAAACAGGAAACAGAAGAAGUGGUGCAGUUACAGGAAGGAGAGGCGGUGGGGACGGAGGAGCAGACUGCAGUGACCAUCACCGGUGUCCCGCAGGCUGCGUUCGCCGACCACAAUGUGCAGUACCAGUUCCGCACAGAUAACAGCGGAGGACAGGUGACCUAUCGUGUGGUUCAGGUGACAGACGAUCAGCUAGAAGCGACGGCUGACGGGACCGGAGCCGUCAGCGUCGUCUCCACCGCAGCGUUUGCCGGAGCCCCUCAGGCAGUGGCACAGGCUGUCAUCCAGAACCCUUUCAGCAACGGGGGCAGUCCAGGCGGGGAGACCGUGGGAGGAGAGACACGCUUCGCUUAUUUCCCCGCCGCCACCGUCAGCGAUGGAACAGCCACGGCCGUGUCGGUGCAGGCCGCCGCCGACCCGACGAUCACACAGGCGGGAGGGCAGUUUUACGUGAUGAUGAGCCCCCCUGAGGUGCUGCAGACGACGGCCCCUCGUACCAUCGCGCCACGCACACACACCUACACUGCAGACCUUGGUGAAAGCGAGAUGUUGCAGCAUGGCAGUACAAACUGGAAGGUGGAGGGUACACGAGCGCCCAGAGAUGAGAGGCGGAGAGCGCAGCACAAUGAAGUGGAGAGAAGAAGAAGAGACAAGAUCAACAACUGGAUUGUCACGCUUUCAAAAAUCAUCCCUGACUGCAGUGUAGACAGCAGAACUGGAGCGAGUAAAGGAGGCAUCCUGUCCAAAGCCUGCGACUACAUCCGAGAGCUCCGUCAGAGCAACCAGCGACUGCAGGAGAGCUACAAAGAGGUGGAGCGAGUCGAGAUGGACAACGAGAUGCUUAGACAACAGAUUGAGGAACUGAAGAAUGAUAAUGCACUGCUUCGAGCACAGCUACAGCAGCACGGCGUAGAAGUCAAUGGAGAUGCAACGCCACAGUGAUUGUGGACUGGACACAUGUAACAUCACAAACACAAUGUCGCAUUCUCCCACCCACCUGAACAAUACCAGGAAAGGAAUAACAAUGACAUGACAAUUUCCAUCUGAAAUUGGACCACAAACACACAUGCAGGGCUCGAGAAGAACACUGAAGGACGGAAAAAUGAAAAUGCCUCCUCCGCCUCCAGCUGUUCGGAGGUUGAACACUCUGAAAUCCGUUAACUGUGUGGCUAACUGGACCUCUCACCUCUGCUUCAAGGAUAACGACCUCUGCACAGCACCACCACGCUUGCACCAAACUUUCUUUUUACUUUAAAUUAUGAACCUGCCACAGAAAAUUUACUUUUAAUGAUCUCACCUUUUUAUUGUACCACAAACGCCUGCUUGUUCCUUCUUUUUUCUGUUGACGUUUGCUGUGUUUGAAACUAAAUGUGACAUGAAUGAUAGCUCCCAUUUACUUUUAAUUUAUUAGUCUUUAAGGAAUGUGUACACAGAGAGGAAUAAGAAAAGCUGAUCCUGAUCUAGCAGCAAAUAAUGGGCAAAUCAGAUGUUUUGAUGAUGCUCAUCACUGUUACUAAGGAUACUGUCAGUGGAUAGUAUGUGUGUGUGUGUGCAUGCAUGUGUGUGUGGGUGUGUAUAAUUGAUCUGUGUGCAGGUUGAGGUAACUUUUUAAUUUCUGCCUCUUAACACUGACACUCCAACCACCAGGCAGAGCUUGCAAACUUAAAUAAUAAUAAUAAUGAUAAACACAGUCCAAUGUCAGUACAUGCAAAUACUAUAAUACUUUGUUUUCUGACAAAGCAGCUUUGAUAGCACAGUCAUGGAGGUUUUAUUUUUAGUGCAAGGCCUUAAUAGAAGCCUAUCGGAGAAUCUAGGUGUUAACAUAGCUCAGGUAAAUGGGAUAGUGCACUGGCAAGUGGUUCCCAGACUCAAUGAAGUCUUUACAUAUAGAGCUUAGAUCUCUGUCGUGUCCCCAUUAGGUGCAAUGUACAGAUAAAUAACAGUAUGGAGAUGAUAUUCAGCGUGUGAGUCCUUUUUAACGGGCAUUAAAAUAUGGUUUGUUUGUAUAUCUGCUUAAUAGGUCACUGGUGUAAUGCACUGAAAUAGAGGUUCAGUCAUGAGAGGUCUUGGUUCGAGACCGGCCUCUGUUUGGCCCGCUCGUCCUGCUGCAUUUAAGUGGACACCUGAGGUGGCUUUUUUUUUCUUUCUUUUUUUUUUUGCAGUAUUUAAUUCUUUAAAACUUUGGAACCGUUGCUGCUGACAGAAGACCGUAGAACAACCAUGGUCAGGAAGGUGCUGAGGGGAGUUUGGAUGAUGAUAGUUGUUGACUAACCGGCUUUUGUCUACACUGAAAGUCACCACAGCAUGGAAAUACAACCACUGGCAUGACUAAUUCUGAUACUACAAUAAAACAGACGUGUUUAUACCUGA